GUAUUUUCCUUCAAAACUUCAACCCCUCCAAAAUAAUAUUAUUUUUUCUCCAUUUCGUUACAAUUUAAGCUUCUCCCGCAGGCGAAAUUUUCUUUAUCAAACACCAUUACUCUUUAUAUUACCAGAAUUUCCAGUUCUUGAUCUCAAUUUUUCACUGAAAAUGGCUUUCCAAAAGAUCAAAGUGGCUAACCCCAUAGUUGAAAUGGACGGAGAUGAAAUGACCCGUGUCAUUUGGAAAUUAAUUAAGGAUAAGCUCAUCUUGCCUUUUCUGGAGUUGGAUAUAAAAUACUUCGAUCUUGGCCUUCCUCAUCGUGAUGCCACAGAUGAUAAGGUUACAAUUGAAAGCGCUGAGGCUACUUUGAAGUAUAAUGUAGCUAUUAAGUGUGCAACCAUCACUCCAGAUGAGGCCCGUAUGAAAGAGUUUAACUUGAAGCAUAUGUGGAAGAGUCCAAAUGGGACAAUUAGGAACAUUCUGAAUGGUACGGUGUUCAGGGAACCAAUCCUCUGCAAAAAUAUCCCGCGACUUGUUCCAAGUUGGUCAAAACCGAUAUGCAUUGGCAGACAUGCUUUUGGUGAUCAAUACCGAGCUACUGAUACAGUGAUUCAAGGAGCUGGAAAACUCAAAUUAGUAUUUGUACCAGAAGGGACAGAUGAAAAGACCGAGUUCGAGGUGUACAACUUCACUGGUGCUGGUGGAGUAGCUCUAUCCAUGUACAACACUGAUGAGUCUAUUUGCUCUUUUGCUGAAGCUUCUAUGAACAUGGCAUACCAAAAGAAAUGGCCACUCUAUCUUAGCACAAAAAAUACCAUCCUUAAGAAAUACGACGGAAGAUUCAAGGACAUAUUCCAGGAAGUUUACGAGUCAAAAUGGAAGUCAAAGUUUGAGGAAGCUGGGAUCUGGUACGAACAUCGCCUCAUUGAUGAUAUGGUUGCUUAUGCUUUAAAAAGUGACGGUGGUUAUGUAUGGGCAUGUAAAAACUAUGAUGGAGAUGUACAGAGUGAUUUCUUAGCACAAGGAUUUGGAUCGCUUGGAUUGAUGACAUCGAUCCUGAUAUGUCCAGAUGGAAAGACCGUGGAAGCAGAAGCAGCCCAUGGAACUGUUACACGCCACUACAGGGUUCAUCAGAAAGGAGGUGAAACCAGCACAAAUAGCAUUGCCUCGAUUUUUGCUUGGACUCGUGGACUUGCACAUAGGGCAAAGUUGGACAACAAUACUGAACUCUUGGAUUUCACCAAAAAACUAGAAGCAGCUUGCAUUGGUGCAGUGGAGAACGGGAAAAUGACAAAAGAUCUAGCACUUAUUAUCCACGGAUCGAAGGUCACUAGACGUCAAUAUGUGAACACUGAAGAGUUCAUCGAUGCUGUGGCUGAUGAGCUGAAAGCUAGACUUCUAAAAGCAAAGAUAUAAGUGAUAGGUUUCCGCUUAGAGGAGAAAGACAUUUUGCUAGAACUUUGAGGAUCGAUUCAUAUAGACGAUCUGAACUUGUUUGGGAUUAAGGUGUCGUUGUUGUAUUAUGGCUGUAGUGCAUCAUUAUUCACUAAUCCACACUUAACCCUGGAUUAGUGUGUUCUUGUUCCCCUCAUUGGAAAAUAAACUUUGAAUUUUCAGAUGAUUUUUUAUGCAAAAUAAAAUUAGUGUGUAAUGUUUCAUAUUUGCCAUUUGUAUCUAGAAUGUCAUUAGUUAUUA